UCAGCGCUCUAAACGAUGCGGAACGAUCCGCAUACCCCUUCCACAUCCCCACCAUCACCUGAGAUGCAGCAGGUAUCCAAGGUUAUUCAGGGAGAUUUCAUUGCCAGGGAGCAUCAGCAUCCUCGGCGACAACGCUUGGACAUUUCACACAAAACACUCUUUUACUUUGGUGCUACUAAAACUCAGCAUUAUUUGCCGAAAAUGGAGCGUUGGGUCGGCAGUGUUGCGAUCGUCAGCGGAGCUAGUUCUGGGAUAGGAGCGGCUCUCUGUGUGCGCCUGGCUAAUAAAGGGAUGAAAGUAGUCGGCGUGGCCAGGCGACAAGAAAAAAUUCAGGAGCUCACCAAGAGGCUAACGGCCGACGCUAAAGGCGAAAUCCACGCUCUGCAAGGGGACAUCUCCAAGGAGGAAGACAUCAAGAGGGUGGUCAAGUGGACCAGGGACAAUUUGGGAGGAGCCGACGUCCUCGUCAACAAUGCUGGGGUGCUGCACCACAGCCCACUUUUGACUGCCCCAACUGAAGAGUGGAGACACGUAUUGGAGGUGAACGUGUUGGCCCUGUGCGCUUUCACCAGGGAGGUGAUCCAGGAUUUGAGGGACCGAGGCUGCGAUGACGGCCACAUCGUUCACAUCAAUAGCGUGAUGGGACACUACAUUCAACCCUAUCCCGGCAUGUUCAUGUACACAGCGAGCAAACAUUCCGUCACUGUGCUGACCGAGGGUUUGCGAAGGGAGUUGUCGGAGCUCAAGUCAAACAUCAGGAUUACGAGUGUUAGUCCGGCGCUUACUAAGACAGACAUUAUGGUUGCUGGCGGAACACCGCAGCAGGUAGCAGAUUCCGUGUUCGAGCAGAACAAAAGUUUGGACCCUGACAAUGUGGCACUGGCCGUCGAGUACACUCUCUCAGCACCAUCUCAUGUCAACAUCGAGGAAAUUACUCUACGAGCAACAGGCGCUGACUAAUUUAUGCAUCAGGGUCUCCGCAAACUCUUUAUAUUAUGAAUCUUAAAUAAUUAAAAAAAAACAUUCCAAACUGCUCAA